GUACUACCAAUCGUUCUUAAACCUAGACAUAGAGGUCGGCCGGGAGUGCUGAAUGAUGCUUCCGGACGGAUGAUAAGAAAACUUUCGGUUUCUCACGCGUUUGUUGUUAGCGCAUAUUAUUACCCGAAAUCAUCAUUGUUAGGCAAUAAUGCAAUAGCAUUGAAUGUUGUGUUUGAUUCAGUGAGCCACAAUCUCGAUCAUGUUAUCAUGAUAGGAACAAAUGACACUGAAGAAACACAGUUCGUCGCUCGAACCCAGGUGGAAUCAUCUGAAGCUUGCCGCUAUGCUACAACAGUGGCAACUGCUAACACUGUGGAAAAUUUGACAAAGCUGGAGAUUGAGUCAAACGACCAUAAAAUUGAGAUCCCAUUUAAAGUAGCUAGGACAUCUGCUCCUGCUCCAGUUGUUAUCUGUGUGUCCCCACAAUUCGCUGCAGAACAAUGGCAGCUCCUAGUAGUUCAUGCUCAUGUUGCUCGAUACUUUGGUGGUCACAUUCAUUUAUACGUUACCAGCCUCGUCGAUUCAUUCUAUGAUCUGGCCGUUGAAUAUGAGAAGCACGGAUAUAUAACACUAGACUUCUGGAUGCGUUUGAAAUUUGCCAAUGCUUCUAAAGAUGCUGUAGAACCAAAUCUUCACGCUGAGCUUAGAAACCAAGCUGGUGCAGAGUCGGACUGUCUGUUGCAAUACAAAGAAGCCGCAGCCUUCAUUAUGUUUUUCGACUUGGAUGACAUUCUAAUCCCACGAGGAUUCAACAACUAUUUUGACGAAAUCACAUCUCUAUACAAACGACAUCCACGUACCCAAACAUUCCAGUACACGAAACGAGAACUUUUGACAUACAACAAGCCAACAGUUGAAGAUAUCAACAUCAAAGAAACACUCGGACACGUUUGGUUUGUGAAUGAGGAAGACUAUGGGAAGAUCAUAACGGAUCCAUCAAAACUCAAUUCAAUGUGGAUUCAUCAGUCAUGGAAUGUCAAAAAGAACUAUAUCAGUCGCACAAACUACAUUAUACAUCUUCAAAAACCAGUGGACCCCGAUGGCCACGAUCCGGUUUCUUAUCGAAGGAGUGACUUUGAUGAGAUGAUUAGUAUGAAGUUCAACACUUCAAUAUUGGAUCCAAUUCAAGAAGACUUGGAACGAUUUAUCAAUUCCACUAAGCUUCCAGAAAUUUCCAAAAGGCUUCCAAAGAAAACAUUCUACUUCCCGAUUAUUUAUCGUUGUUACUUUGAAAAGUUUUAUAGGAGACCAAAGAAGGAUUCAUGUCCGAAUGGAGAAGGAUGCCAGAUGCCUCAACGACACGACAUUAACUGUGUAAAUGCAGAUGCGGAUUUCAAAUCUGGGCCACCAAUGAAUCCAAUCACUUACCACUAUCAUGUGAAUACUCGAUGGACAAAACAAAAAGGUUGU